AUGGAGCCAGGGACCUCGCGUGAAAUUCCGAGCGGGGCAGGGUGCCUUAAACCGGCCGGGGUGCGGGAGGAGACCCCGGGGAAAGAGGCGAGAGGCGGUAAGGGGAGCACCGUGAUGAAGUGCAGAGGAGCGGACGCAGACACCGCGAAGGAGGUGAGAGCGCACUGGGAGGAUGAUGGAGAGGCUGAGAAUCAGAUGAAACCCGAAGAAGGAGAGGAUGCCGGCAAAUACGAGGAAGAACUGGACCCAAGAAUUCAGGAGGAGCUGGAGCACCUCAACCAGGCCAGCGACGAGAUCAACAAGCUGGAGCUGCAGCUGGACGAUGCCAGGUCCAGCUACAGGAGGAUUCUCACUGACUCUGCCAGGAAACUCAACGCUCAGGGCUCCCAGCUCGGCGCCUGCAUUGAGAAAGCAAGGCCCUACUAUGAAGCCCGCAGACUGGCCAAAGAGGCCCAACAGGAGACCCAGAAGGCAGCUCUGAGAUACGAGCGGGCUGUAUCCAUGCACACUGCGGCCAGGGAGAUGGUGUAUGUGGCAGAGCAGGGCCUCCUGGCCGACAGGAACACCAUGGACCCAACCUGGCAGGAGAUGCUUAACCAUGCCACCGCCAAGGUAAACGAGGCGGAGGAGGAGCGCCUCCACAGCGAGCGGGAGCACCAGCGAGUCACACAGCUUUGCCAGGACGCAGAGGCGCGAGUUCAGACCCUCCAGAAAGCACUGAAGAAGGUCAUCCUCAAGUCCAAACCUUACUUUGAACUCAAGGCUCAAUUCAACCACAUUCUGGAGGAACACAAGGCUAAAGUAGUCAGGCUGGAGGAGCAGGUAUCGAAAGUAAAAACACGUUACUCUGUGGCCCUGCGGAACCUGGAGCAGAUCAGUGAACAGAUUCAUGCACAGAGGGGGCGAAUCAGGGCCAGCAGGGGGCGCCCUGCAGUCUGUGGGGGGCGGAGCUCCCCUGUAGGUGCUGAGGCUGAGGUCAGAGCCGCCAUCGGGAUUCACGUCAGUAGUUGUGCUGCAGUCGGCGACAUGGAGAGCGACUGGGCGGACAGCGAGAAAACCCGGCUGUGGGUGGAGAGGCACAGAGAGAGCGGCUGGGGCCAGAGGGAGCGGCUGGAGGCGGAGCAGGCUGGCUCAGACUGUAUGUCAGUCAUCAGCCUGCAGACCAUCGCCUCCGACCUGGAAAAGUGCGACUCGGUGGAGCACCUGGGUGACAUGAGUGACGCCGGGAGCGUGCUGUGUGAGGAGUGGGACCGCAACAGGAAGCCUAACGAGAGGCCAGUCAGCAGGGAGGUGGUGACCCAGGGGCCCCAGCUGCAGAAGGCCCAACAGGAAAAGGGAGUGGUCAGUAAAGAGAAGCAGGAGAGCUUUGUCAAGCAGCACUACAGAAGUGUUAGUCUAUAGUCAGCAGGUGGAGGAGGAAGCUGAUGAGUGAUGAUGA